UCUAUCUUUUCGUCGGUGUCGUUUUGCCGUCCUGCCAGUCCAGAGGAACACAGAACGAUGAGGACCACUACUUUACUCCUGGCUUCGCUUCUGGUCUUGCUACACACCAUCCUGCCCGGUACGGUAGACAGUUUGGCACUGGGAGGAGGACGAGAGGAGCACAGGCUAGGCUGUGGAGGUAGGAGAAUACGAAACAGAGUGGACCUCAGAAGUGCCUGGCCGGUCCGGAGAGGUGGACUGAACCGUGACGGCUUUUUCUGGGAAGUGGCCGUACCGACCCACGGCGUGCAGCGGCGAGACCCGGCUACGGAGGAGGUGGAGGAGGUGGUGGAGGACGCUGGCGACGCCGAGCGGGUCCAGUACAACCCCAACGCCUGGUCACGCUUCGGCAGGUCCUGCCCGUAACACACAGACACCACGGACAUCACAAGACCCAAGUCAACGAUUUUCUGCGAUUAAGUGGAGGAGUCGAUUAAGUUGCAGAAAUGAUGAUAUGACUAAUGCAAAACGGACAAUGUUAAGUAGUGUGUUCGACUCAGCAGACGAAAUCCGUUGUAUUAGAUCAAUUUGGUCCGGAAUCAACCCAUGUAUUUUUACAAUAUAUGACACUGAGAUUUGUACCACAUCUGUACCAUGUCGGCGGGGCUGGUACCCAAAACUGGUCACAAAUAGCGAUAUCAUAUCUUUGUUACAUGAGAUCUAGUCUAAAGCUGUCUGGACACCAGUUUGUGAAAAGAGACCAUGCCUUUAGUUUUGGAGAUAAAUAAAUAGACUAUAG